AUGGAUGAGGCAUGGCGUAAAAUAGCUUUCGACCACGAUGCUUUUUUAAGAGCAUUGUCUGCAGAGGAUGAUGCACAGGGACAUAAUUACAUCAGGUCAGUAUGGAAACCUCCUCCGCAAGGGAGUAUAAAACUGAAUACGGAUGGAAGUUGGAAGCAAGGUAGCAAUCAGGUGGGGGGAGGUGGACUUUUCCGUGGCCCAGAUGGAGUUUGGGUUCGCGGCUUUGUGUCUUUGGAUACCGGGGACAACGCAUUCCUGGCCGAGGUUAGAGCUCUUCGAGAUGGUCUUCACAUAGCUUGGGCACAGGGAUACAAAGACAUCAUUGUAGAAAUGGAUUGCAAGGAGGUUCUGAAAGAGCUAACCAACACAGCUAGCCACAGUUUUUGCCCUAUGUUAGGUGAGAUAGCCUCUUUACUAAGACAACAGUGGAAGGUGCAUGUGCAAUGGAUUCCCAGGGAUUGUAAUAUGGCAGCCGAUUGUUUGGCGCAUAUAGGUGGGACAGCUAGUUCUAGUGGUUUACACAUUCUUGAGAGACCCCCGGUGGAAGUUGAACCUUUCAUCUUGAGGGACUCGUUUUCUUGCUUGUAG